GGAGGACGGCAGCCUUCUCCUGAGCAGCAAUGCAUCUAGGGACUUGUGGCCUUCAGCAACCAAAAUGCUGCAAUCUGCACAAUAAUGCACAAGUGACCCAUUGGGAAGUCGAUGAUGGAGCUGGGUCAAAUGCCCGAAAGCAUGGCCCCAAAUUACUGCACUAGAAAGAGCAAGCUGUGAUUGGAUCUUGAAUUAGGCUUCAGCUUUCGAAAAGCACAAGUGCGAAGUUCUGAGAAGCCUCGUAAGACCGUCCAGCUCUCAAAAUGUGGGGUGCUCUAUUUGGUACCAAACGAGAGCGCUUCUCCCUAGAGGAGCUAAGGUAUCUGUGUGACCAGCUGCAGCACUUUGCGCAAGCAGAGACAGAGUCUAAGCAGGAUGCCGUGAGAGAGACCCUUCGCUCACUGGCUGAGUUGAUGAUCUGGGGGGAUCAGCAUGAUGCGACGCUUGUCGACUUCUUUGUGGACCACCACGUGAUGCAGACACUGCUUCGGAUCCUGCGCCAGAGGAGCAACCGCAGGGGAGUGGUGGCAGUGCAACUGUUGCAGUCGCUCAGCAUCAUGGUCCAAAACCUCACGAGCGACAUCGCUAUCUACUACCUCUUUAACAACCACCACAUGAACGCCGUCAUCCAGCAUCCCUUCGACUUCACGGACGAGGAGGUCCUUGCCUAUUACAUCACGUUUUUGAAAGCCAUCAGCCUGAGGCUGAACUCUGGGACUAUACAGUUCUUCAUGAAGGAGGAGGGAGGCCGGCUGAUCCUCCCGCUGUACAGCGAGGCGGUGAAGUUCUUCCAUCACGAGGAAGCCAUGGUUCGAAUUGCUGUGCGGACAAUAACACUCAACGUAUAUAGUGUGGACGACAAGGAGGUGCGCAACUUCGUCCUAAGCGACGGGCCCGUCGACUACUUCUGGGACCUCGUCACGUUCAUCCGCCAGCAGAGCUUCUCCCUAGACAGCCUGGUCGCCGAAGCGGAGAAGGGCGACCCCAACACGUCUCGCUUGGAGGGCAAGAUCGCCGAAGUUGGCGAUCUGCUAUACUACUGCAACGACAUCCUUAACUCCGGGGUGCCUGCCCUCAGCGCGGUUGUGAUGGACCAUUUACUCACCAUCCUAGUUCUCCCCGUGCUGCUCGUAUCGCUGACGCCUCCAGGGGAAGAGUCGAUGCACUCCUCGCACGCAUUCGGCCGCCUGAGCCCCCUCUGCUCCAUGUACAUACUCUCCCGCUUCCUCACGGCCAUUACGUACAAGCCGCUGCUCGACGGCGUCCUCGCCGUUCUCAUGAGCACGCCAUCCCGGCCCCGCUCUGAUCACCCACAACCUACCCCCGGAAGCGGAACCAGACAAACGGGGGAUCCCCCUAACAUUCGAGGAGGGGGUUCGGAAGCGGAGUCGACGGCAGCAGAUGCGUUAGAAACAAACAAAGAUUUGGGCGCGCAUAAGGAAGGAAAAGAAGACGGGGAGCCUAGUGGGAGGGAGGGCCAACCGAGCAGCGGUGGCGAAGCGACCACUGCCGGGGGGGGAACGGAUGAGGGGGCGGACAAACCCCUCCGGAGAGCAAGAAGCUCCAGGGAGGUCCUGCUUUCAUACCUGGUUGAUCCCGACGAUAAGCUAGAGUUGGCGGCGCUCUGUACACUGGUGGCGAUGCUGCAAAACAGUGCAAUGGACGACGCCUUGCUAGACGCAUUAGGCAUCCUGCCAAGGAAGAAACGGCACAAACGGCUGCUGCUUCAAGCGCUGACGUCAUCGGACGCUGACAAGCGGCUGUCCGAGUUCUACGGGGGCCAGUCGGAGCAGAGCGAGGGGCAGCAGCCGGACGGCCUGGAGCGUGCGGACAGCAGACUGUCCAAAGAGGGCUCUCUCGAGGCGUCAUCCGUGGGGCAGGAGGAGACGGAGGGGGCCACGGGUCCAGCUCCUCGAAACGGGGAGACCACGGAAGAAGGGCAACCCGCAGCCCGGUUACGGCGGCCCUCUGCGUCGAGCCUGCGCGGAAGCUCUCUCCAGCAUCGAAACGAGGUGUUCGACCUGCUGACGUCCCUCCUCUGCCGGCGGCCUCCCCCUUGCGUUGAAGCCCUGGGUCACGCUGGCUGGUUGCUCCACCAGCUACUCCCGGAAAGCGGACAGAUCACUGCUGCCAGGCUCGAGCGGAUCAGCGCUGCGCAUGCGGCGUCAACGCGCGAUUUGCUGCCCCUGAUAGACGACUGCUGGUGCGACCUGAUUCCUAGCAUCAUCGGCGAGGAGUGGACCGUCAGUCAGAAAGCCUUUGAGACGCCGUCGCUGCAGAAGGACUCCUCCGUCGUGCUCAUGCCAGUCCCCAGGCCCUUUGCGGAAGACGACGUGUCAUCGAGCGCGGUGGGCGAACGGACGCGCGCCCGCGUCAAGACGUUUGUCGCGCUGCAUCUGCUGGAGCGGCUCCUCGUGGGGGGGUCCAUGCCCCACAGUCCAGCGUUUGGGGAGCCGAGCCGGCCACCCCCCACCGUGCGCGCGGAUCGGAAGGGGCUGUCUCUGUCGGGCGUGCAGGAGGGAUCGGAAGUAGAGCUGACUGCCGGUGAAGCACUGCCGUGCCGAGUGGCUUUCGAGCGAGGAAAGGAGCGGUCUGUGUACCUGAUGGUGGCCACUUCCGGGAUCCACGGCUCGCUUCUCUUGGCGGAAGCGGCGCCGACCAGACUGGGCCACGGAGUAGUGCGGGUGACGGCACCUCUAGCGAAUUGCAAGCCGCAAAUCGACUCAAAGCACCCGCGGUGGCUGCACCUGCGGAUCCGUUCGCUGCGGUCGCCCUCUGCGGACGCUGGUACGAUGUCGCCCGUCAAGUCAAGGAGUAAGCGCGUCCCAGACGGACGAUGGACGGUCGCUUUUGCGGACGAAGAAAGGGCUGCUUAUGCGGCGCGGAUAGUCGAGGAGGAAAUGGUGAUACAGAGGACUGCUGUCAGGGAAACGCUAAAGCCUCUUCUCGAGCACAUUGACAUGCAGUCCGUAGAAGCUGAAGGGUUGGAGAGCAAUUUAGGCGAGAAAUAUUGAAUGAAAUCGAACAGUUUGGCAAGAGUCCGCAAAGAAGCAGUCUGAUCGAGUCACCUGCUUGGCGCAAGCGCCUCAAUCGUACCUUUGCCGCUUACGAGAGACUUUUUGCCAACGUACAAGCAUG